AGCAGCAUUAUCUUAAACCCUCUGCCGGACCAAGCGUUUCCGCUCUCAGCAGUUUGGAGAAUUGGGUGCGCACUGGAGUCCCGCGUCCAUCCUCGGAGCAUGUUUCGAAAUCCCACUCGUCAAGAGCCACGUUCAGGAGCAGGGAGAUGAUGAUGGGAUGCAUGGCACAUUCUUCACUUUAUCUUGUACUGGUGUGGACGAACUAAGAGAACGUGCGUAAGAGGGCGAAUCGUUCCACGGAAGAACUUGAGAGAGAUAAAAAUGUGUUUUUACUUCUUUUGAUGGAGUGAAGUGAGGAUUGUAUGUCUUUGGAGUCGCAGUCUUGUCCCAUCGCAGUGGAUGUGUGUGUAACAGGAUGCUGGUUAUGAUCAUCGAUUGUGGAUUCAACGCGUACAGGCACAUUUACGCAUGGGGUUAAAGGAUAUAUACUGUACCGACACACCUUGGGAUUGUUUGUCAUUCAGACGCUGCAUGGCUGUGGGGGCUGCAGCCUGAAACCAAGACUGUGCUCUGGGUCUGUGUGCAUCCACACCAUGCAGCUACAACAACCCACACCCUGAACUCCUGGGACAUUUGCGCUCCGUGAUCGAGACUCAGGGAUCCUGGAAAAAUGGCACUGAGCGAAAACUGCAAAACGCAACCUGCAAAAGAGCAAGGCUCGGUGCAAAACCCUCCAUCUGAUGUAAUUGAGCUGAAUGUGGGUGGACAGGUGUACUACACUCGCCAUGCCACACUGGCGAGCUUCCCAAAUUCCUUACUUGGGAAGCUGUUCUCAAAUAAGAAGGGGUCUUCUAAUGACUUGGCCCGAGACCUCAGAGGACGCUAUUUCAUCGACAGAGAUGGCUUUCUGUUCCGGUAUGUGUUGGAUUACCUUAGAGAUAAGCAAGUUGUCCUGCCUGACCACUUCCCUGAGAGGGGAAGGUUGAAAAGAGAGGCGGAAUACUUCCAGCUGCCGGAUCUGGUCAAACUUUUGUGCACCGAGGAGUCAAAGCAGAUCGCAGACGAGUUGUACAACAGUGAUUUGGAUGACUCGUCGCAGGUCAGCGACCAGAGGUUUUUCCCCUCUUACUCCCUGGACAGGAGGUAUGGCUACAUCACGGUGGCGUUGAAAGCCGUGUGCGCUGCGGGGGGCAGAGAGAGUAACACCGACGCCAAGGCCAAAAAGUUGCCGCGGAUCUUCGUCAGCAGCCGGAUCGGCUUGGCGAAGGAGGUGUUCGGAGACGCCCUGAACGAGAACCGGGACGCGGACCGACCACCGGACCGCUACACCUGCAGGUUUUACCUCAAGUUCAAGCACCUGGAGCGGGCGUUUGACAUGCUGUCAGAGAGCGGCUUCCACAUCGUGGCCUGCAACUCGUCCCUGACUGCGUCCCCCGUCGGUCAUUACGCGGAUGACAGGGUCUGGUCCAAUUACGCACACUACAUCUUCUACCGUGGGCCCUCAAAGUGGUCGUCCUCUCACUGCGACUGCUGCUGCAAGAGCCAUAAAAGUGAGCGGGAAGGUGAAAGCGGCACUUCCGUCAACGACCUCUCAACUUCCUGUUCCGAGACCCAAUCAGAGGCCAGCUCCCCUCAAGGGACCGUGAUCUGCGGCCCUGUGAGACGGCGGCCCAACAUCCAGACGCUGGACCGCCCCAUGCCCAAGGGACCAGGUCACAUGCUGCAGCACGCCGAGAUGCGCCGCAAGACUGACAUGCUCCGCGUGAGGACCUUCGGGGUGCGGGAGCGAGAUGCCGCGAAGAGGAAAGCGAAUAGGGACAAGAUGACUCCAGAGCAGGAGCUGGAUAAAUGCAUCCAGGACUUCCGGCGCAUUAGGAUUCCAGAUCGCUUUCCGGAGAGGAAGUACAUGUGGCAAUCGGAGCUUCUGAGAAAGUAUCGUCUCUAAAUGUGAUCGUGAAGACGAGAAAAGACCGGAGAAGUAAAGAGAGACCGUGCUGUAGUAUCGUGUCACCGUCAAUAAAGAGUAUUUACUGCAUCUGCAAUAGACUGCACCCUCGAAGACACACACUGUACUGAGAAAAAAAUAAAAACAAUGGCCACUUUCCCUGCCAGCAUGACUAGAGGAGCACAUACAGUACAAGGCAGCGUUAGUUAUUAAUUUUGUGAAGUAUGCACAGUGUUGUAUAUGAUAUACACAUGCAUAGAUCAGGUUACUCCUGUUGGGGCUUGGAUUGCUAACCCUGUCCCCACUUCAGAGAGCUGGGAGCCAGGCGUGCUAAAGGUUACUGUACUAUAUCACUAGAUGAAGCCACAAAGCAACCUCAGGGGCAACAUUGUUUCAAUUCAUCAACCUAUCACCUACUGUACGUGCAAAUGUCCUCAAUAGAUUCUUUUUCAAUGGAUGUACCCAGAUGGUGCUGUGAGUUAGCAAUGGAAUAUCACUACACUCCACUGAUGACACAUAUACAUAUACUGAGCUUUGAUAAAGGCACUGCAUGUCAUUUCACCCUUAGCAUAAUUAUGCAAUUUCAAACAAACGUUCAAUACACCGGUUAGUGUGAUGGGUAGAAAUGGUGUGUUUAUGACUGAGACUGACGUAAAUGAGGAAAAGCACCGCCUAAAUCUGUUUGCCAUUGUGAAAGUUUUUGUCUCAUUAUGUGUUGGAUAGAUGAUGUUGUGUAGGUAGAAUAUAAUGCCAAUGGAUAUUGAUCUAAUCCUUGAUUGUAAGUGUGCAAAAAAGCUAAUAAAUGGGUAAGAAUUG